CUAUCUCAUUAACUCAAUCUUGCGACCAUAAUAAGCAUUGAGAGUGAGCUUUCAUCACAGAACAUUUUCCCGCCUUUACUCUCGAAAAUGGAUGUUUUCUUUGAGCCCCUGGAAGGAAGUCCUUUCUGCAUUCAAAUUGGUUUCCAUGAUACAGUCCUGGAGAUCAAAGUGAAGAUCGAAAAACACCAAGGAAUCCCCGUCUAUAGACAAACUUUGGUUUUCAACGAUGAGACCCUUGAUGAUGAGCUCGAUGUCGAGGGCUGCAACAUCCACGAUCACUCCCGCAUUAGGCUCGUUGUCGAGCCAGAGCCACUGCCGUUCACUAAAAUUGAAUUAUGCAUAGGAAUGCUGCCAUCCAAUAUGCGGCUCCCCAUAGAAGUUAAUGUGAACGACCCUGUGAAACGCUUGAGAGAGGUUGUCCGGUCCCUGGAAGAUGUCCCUCUUGAGCGGGUGACGCUGUAUGCAAAUGGAACUGAACUUGAAGAUGAUUGCCGGAUAUGUGACUAUGAGCUUCCCGACAAUUCCAGUGUUGAUGUGCGGAUCAAGCCUCUGAAGUUCAUGGUGAUGGUGUUGCCAUGGAAAGCCAACCUUAAAGUUGCGGUGGAAGUGGAACAGUGGGACAAAGUAAAGGUUCUGAGGAAAGAGCUUGAGAAGCUGCAGCCGAGCCUGAAGUUCGAUCUUCCAUCGGAGGGGUAUUUUUGCAUACAUAACCAGAGUGGGAUGGAUGAAGAUGAGUCGUUCAAAUGGCACGGCGUCGAGAUGGGCGAUACUAUUGAGGUUUUCAGGGGGACGAUUUCACGAUGAGGCCUUGUUUUCUCAUCCAAUUAGCUGUUUCACUGGGAGAUCUAGGGCAUGAUGACAAUAAAGUUCUUAGUGUGAGUACAGGUUAUAGGUCGAGUGACAUGCAAUCCCCUUUUACCUUUUAUGUUGGCAUUAUCAGGUUUUCUAGAUUCCAUUGUUCUUUCUCCCUUUUCCGUCUUUGUCGUCAUUAUCUCUCUCUUCUUAUGUAAGUGUCGUUAGGAACACCAUUAUAUCUUGGGCCAUGAUAUUCUUAUCUCAUUUCAAUUCUGUCAGUAAUGAUAAAUGCAUGGUGAAGCACAUCCGCGGGUCAAGUCAAUAAAUUUGUGUUGAGAAAUGGUGGAAUUAAAUCGUUUUUGGAUUUGGAUUUCCUAGUUUGUACACGCGUUGCCUCCUUCAGUACGUGCCCUGAUUGACAAGUUUUCAGUCGAUCUAUCCUUUUGGCCAAA